AUGUCGGUUCCUCGUGCGCGGCUACUCGAACUUAUGAGGGCUCGGUGCGAGCUCUUCUCAACAACAUUCAACCCCGAGGGCGUCCGCACCGGUAACAAAAUCCUUCGACAACGGCUUAAGGGCUCUGCGCUGGCGUCAUAUUACCCCCCGAAGAUUAUGAAUACUUCCCAAUUUCAGAAGAAAUUUGAACAUCUCCAGCUUGAGGUUGAGGAUGAGGAGGAGGUUGACCGCCUGGAUCACAUUGCUGCUCUCAAAGCGCGUGGGAAAUCGGCGCCGAAAAAGAAGAGGGUCGCCGACGCACCAACUCCGGGCAAGAAGAAAAAAUAG